UUUUUUUUAUUGUUCAUUGAAAAAUAGUACUUGAUUUACAGGAAACUGUUUAUGUUUCCGUUACGUAUGCUAGUAAAUAUGGUAACUUGACACACGUCCACAAGUGUGUGACUUCUGACACUCCUCUCUCAGCAUGGAAAACUCACCUCGGUCCAGAUUUUACAUCUAGAGAAACUUACUACAACGUAAACUUCGGAUUAUGAAUUCUUCUACAAACAGCCUGGAUGAUGUAUCAGCAGACAGCAGUGCUGAGUUCCCAGACAGAACAUCCAUGAUGGAGGUGCGUCUGCAGGCGCAGGAAGAUGAGAUCACGUUGCUGAAAUCCUCCCUGGCUGAUGCCCUGCGUAGGAUCCGCCUCCAUGAGCAGCUCCUGCCGCUACUGAAACAGCAGCUCAUUGCAGUGAACCCAGGUGCUGCACGGGUGUUGAAUCAGGUGUGCUGCUCAGAUGGUUGCACCAGCAGCAGAAAACUGUCCUCCAGCUCAGCCGUCGAUGGGAUCCGCCAUUCUGCUACCAGCCAACUCUCAGACAGCAUUGUGACCAAUGCUAAUGGCCACAUAGGAAGCCCAAUGUCCACAGAGCCCAGGCCGGCAACACUGGACAGGUCAACCCAGACAGAUCCCAUCCUCCCAGGGCAGGGCGCUGGGCAGGACAGGGUCUCUCUGCCCAGAUGUGUCCAUGACCAGACCCUGAAACUGGAGGACGCCCUCCCUCCAGAGCAAACUGUGGAGGGGACCCGGGCCAAGCUCCACCGUGUUCCUGGUUUGGAACAGGAGGAUGAGGAGCAGGAGGAAGAUGAAGAAGGAGGAGGCGAACAGGAAAAGGAGCUGAGUUGGACGUCAUCAGUAGAGGAGCCCAUCCAGCCCACCACAAUCAGAGGCCUCCAGAGGGAAGACUUCCAGGAUGGAAGCUGCUCUCCAGAGGAGCCGGGCUCAUCCUCGGCCUCAGCCAGAACCUUAGACCAGAACCCCAGCUCCCGUGGCGGACCCCUGUCCCCCAUCCAGGAAGGACAGAAGACGCCUCUGGUUCGUAGGAACAGCGAGAAACUGGGGAACGUGGAGAAGCAGAGGAAGCGUCUGGAUAAGAAGGCAGCGUCCUCAGCCAACCUCCUCACCCGCUCUCCCAGCCUGGAGAACCGAGCUAAGGAGCUCAUCGCCAGUGCAGGAUCCCCUGGGUCCAGAAGAGGAACCUACAGCCAAGGACAGUCAAUCAAAAUGUUCAUCCGGGGCCGGCCCAUAACCAUGUACAUCCCCUCUAACAUCCAGAACUACGAAGACCUGAAGAUGGAGCCGCCCUCAGAGAGGCUGGAGCUGGACUGGGUCUAUGGUUACCGGGGACGGGACUGCCGUGCCAACCUGUACUUCCUUCCCACAGGCGAAGCUGUGUACUUCAUCGCCUGUGUCAUUGUGCUCUACCACAUCAACAACCGCACACAACGCCACUAUCGCAAACACACAGACUGUGUCCGCUGUCUGACCCUUCAUCCUGACAAAGUGCGGGUGGCAUCUGGCCAGACGGCUGGGGUGGAUAAAGACGGCAAGCCCCUGCAGCCUUGUGUUCAUAUCUGGGACUCCACCUCCCUGGUCACCCUGCAGCAGAUCGGCCUGGGAACCUUCCAGAGGGGCGUGGGAUCAGUUGCAUUUUCUUUUGCUGAUUCUGGAGCUUUCCUGUGUGUGAUCGAUGAUUCUAAUGAACACAUGCUGUCCGUAUGGGACUGCAACAAGGGGACCAAGCAUGCAGAGGUCAAGAGCACCAAUGAGGCAGUGUUUGCUGUGGAGUUCAACCCAAGCGACAGCACCAACAUCAUCACCUGCGGCAAAUCCCACGUCUACUUCUGGACGCUGAACGCGGGGCAGUUCACCAAGAAACAGGGCAUCUUUGGAAAAUACAAGAAGCCCAAGUUCAUCCAGUGCUUUGUGUUCAGUCUGACUGGAGACGUUCUGACCGGAGACUCUGAGGGAAACAUCCUGACUUGGGGAAAGUCAGCUGCAGAUAUUAAAACGCUGGGUAAAGGAGCCAAAGAGACCUUCCAGAUAAUGCGUCAAACCCGAGCCCAUGAAGGCAGCGUGUUCACCCUGUGUCCCCUGCAGGGCGGCGCCCUGCUCAGCGGAGGGGGCAAAGACCGCAAGAUCAUCCGCUGGAGCGCCGACCUGGCACCUGAGAGAGAGUGUGAGAUUCCAGAAAACUUUGGGGCGGUGCGCACCAUUGCUGACGUGGAUGGGGAAGAACUGUUAGUUGGUACGACCCGUAAUGCAAUCCUCAGAGGCACCUUCUCAGACGGCUUUGUGGCUAUAGUGCAGGGUCACGUAGACGAGAUGUGGGGGCUGGCCACACACCCCUCGCAGAACAUCUUCCUCACCUGUGGCCACGACCGGCAGGUGUGUUUGUGGAAAACGGAAGAACAUAAGCUGGACUGGUGCAUCAGUCUGGAGGAGUAUGGGUUGUGUGCUGAUUUCUGCCCCAAUGGAUCAGUGGUUUCGGUUGGCCUCAGCACAGGAAGGUGGCUGGUCCUUGACCUCCUGACCAAAGAGGUGGUCUCUGAGUCCACUGACGGGAAUGAGCAGCUGUCGGUCAUGAGAUACUCACCAGAUGGCAGCUUUUUAGCGGUUGGAUCUCAUGACAACUUCAUCUACAUCUACAGCGUGACAGAGAGCGGCCGGCGCUACACCCGCUUUGGGAAGUGCAACGGUCACUCCAGCUUCAUAACUCACCUGGAUUGGUCCAAAGACGGGAAGUACAUUAUGUCAAAUUCUGGCGACUAUGAGAUUCUGUACUGGGACAUUGCAGGAGGGUGCAAACUGUUGAGGAAUCGCUUUGAAAGCAAAGACAGAGAGUGGGCUUCCUACACCUGUGUGUUGGGCUUCCAUGUCAUGGGUGUGUGGUUGGAGGGCUCAGACGGCACAGACAUCAACGCCCUGUGUCGCUCUCACAGUGAGAGGGUCGUGGCCGUGGCCGACGACUUCUGCAAGGUCCACCUCUUCCAGUAUCCCUGUCCUAAACCAAAGGCACCGAGCCACAAGUACGACGGCCACGGCAGCCACGUCACCAACGUCUGCUUCACCCACAAUGACUCCCACCUGCUGUCCAUAGGCGGGAAGGACACCUGCAUCCUUCAGUGGAAGGUGAUCGGAGGGGGGCCAGUCGAAGGCAGGGAGAGGCUGGCCUCCGCCUCCUCUACCUCCACUAGCUCUCCAGAACCUGCCACCAGCUAGGAAGGACUUGCAUUGUUAAGAGCGACAGAGCGGGUGCUGUUUACACAUAGACAGAGAGGCGCGUGUGAAGUCAGUGGACGGCCGCCACAGCUGUCGGCUCAGUUUGGCCUCUGUGGUUCCACUGCUGUGCCAGUUUCAUUACAGAACAUGUAGAGGAAUCCUCUACAGGAGGAAGGGCCAUAUUCAUUUUACACUUCCAUGCCUCCAUAAUCGUGUAAAUCCUUGUGAAACUGCACGGCAUAGCGCAGAUUACCUGUCAUUCUGUUGGAUGUGUGGUGAGGAGCGGUCAUGGACGUGUGCUGGUACAGAACAUGACUUCACUUCUGUGGUGACGUAGACUUUGGUUUCAGUAAACAUUCCUGUGUCCUAGUCCAUCUCGCUUCCAAAACCUUACCAGAGUGCCGCGUUGUGGUACAAGAAGACUUCUGCAUAAUGUUUUUACAUGAUUUUAGUAUUUUAAACAGUGUUUGAUUGACAUGUCACCUAAUACUGGAGCUGUUUUUGUGCUUGCAUUAGACAGACUGUGACAAACCUGUUUCAGUGGAAUCAACUCUCAGCUUCUCUGACUAAUUCAUUUCUCUAACAGUUGAUAAGUACACUUGAACAUGAUUACUUUAGUACAGUUUUAUAUAUAUAUAUAUAUAUUUAAAAGAACAUGAGAAUACUGUGAUCAUGUAUCUGUCAAGCUCCCAAUAAAUUACUUAAGACUGGAAA